AUGCUCGCUUCCAGGCUUCUGGCGCUGCUUUGCGCGAGCCUUGCAAUCGCCGUUAACCAGCCCCGUACAAUCCCUGCGGCGAAUCUGUGGCCCUUUCACCUGCGUUCCUUCGCAGGCUCUGCGGACCUCUGGCGACAUAUCAAUGGCAGUAUUGCCGUCAGCACCGACGUAGGCGCCAGCUGGAAUGCGGUCGAAUCGCUAGGUCACGACAUCGAGAGCUUCACGAUUGACAAAAACUUUCCCGAAUCACGCGCAUUCGCCGUAGAUGGCAAGCGCGGCCUCCUCUUCCAAACCGUGGACCAGGGCCGCAGUUGGACGCAAAUGCCCAGCGACCACUCGUUCUGGGACAUCGCGGAGAACGAGGCGGACCCGAACACAACCCUAGUGCUCAAUGUAGCCACAAAUCCUUUCGUGAGAGAUGAUAUUGUUGUGAACCCCAAGCAUGAGCGUUUUAAUAUCAUCAGAUACGCGCUAAAGAGCGCGUUUCUGUCCACCGACGGCAAAGCCCUCCGUUUAAUGACGGGGCUAAAGCUGCCAAAGGGCCAACUGCUUUUCAAACAUUGUGAUAUUUUCGGCGCCGCGCCAGCGCAGAAAGUCAUUUGCAGUUUCCAAAUGCAAGUAUCAUCGUGGACGGGUUAUCACCAAAACUAUUUCCUCUUUCACUCUGACAACCACGGUAAGACCUUUAAAGUCCCCAGAGAUUUCAAGCUUCGCACGGUCUUAAAUCGGUGGUUGCUCAGCGGCUACGACGUAGUCCUCACCGACGCGAAAAAAAAGGUUCGCGGGGUCCCUAUGUACCGCUUGUUUCUAUCACGAGAUGCCGUCAAGUACGAGAAGGCGGAAGUGCUUUCUGAUUAUAGACCCCCGACACUCGAGCCCCUGGGCGGCUCCCCUAAGAGAUUGCUCGUGCGCACGCCGCGUAUCGUAGACGAUGAGCUGAGAGAAGAAUUGCUGGUCUCGAACGCACAUGGCCCGCUGCUCACGUCUCUCGUCAUUCUGGAUCCGUACUCGCAGUCGGUCACGUUUAUCGACACUGACGCAGAUCGCGUCGCCACGAUCUUGCAUCCCUGGCAUUUACAAUCCAUGACCGCGUUCCCCGCGAACAAAGGCGAUGCACUGAUCACAUUUGACGAUGGUCACGAAUGGUCUCGGCUGAAGCUGCGCGAUCCCAAGGGCGAGUUUGGCUGCGACCCAGCUCUGACGGACAGCUGCUUUGUGAAUACGAUGUCGCCUCAGAUUCUUGAGAUGCACAGGGAGGAGUUUGGAAGGUCCGGGUUCUAUUCUAACGGCACGUCGGGCCCCCCAUACUGGGAGUAUCUAUCGCAUUUGACGGAUUGUCCUCGGCAGAGCGGCGUGCUUGGCGUGUCGGCGCUUAUAGGAACCGCGGUCACUAUCAACGGCACCUUGCGCUCCACGUCCGAGUCGAUGACGUUCCUGACGACCGAUGGCGGCCGCUCUUGGCAGAAGAUUCUAGACUUCCCCGCUAAGGUCGCCUUCGGAAAUCACGGCAAAUUACUUGUGGCGAUACCGUUCUCUAAUGGUCCCAAGAUCUCGCAGUUCCACUACUCAAUGGACCAGGGCAGCACGUGGAGCACAGGCGAGUUUGACAGGCCCUUCCGGGCGUUCAUGCUUACGCUGGUUCCUGGCGACGCUUCCAGCACAGCGUUUCUCGUCUCGGCGUGGGAUUCCGGCAGCAGAAACCACAUCAUCGACUUCUCGGAGAUGCUCGUGGGCCCUAACGCGGCCUCUGAUCGCGGUUCUGACGCAGCCCGUGGGCCGGUCGUCGAUGAGCAGCAGGUGUUGAAGCUGCUGAGUGGGUAA